CAGCUGCAGCACAAAAAAAACUCCACCCCUGGAUUUAGAAUCUGGCAAUGUAUCAGAGAACUGGGCAAAAUGGAGGGAGCUGAUAGAGCUGGUUUAUGCUGGACCGGAUGCAGCACAUUGGACUGACCAACAAAAGGCAGCAUACUUUCUAAUCAGUGUGGGCCAAACAGGUCGUGAU